UUGCUUUUGAUCCAUUGUUUAAAGAAGGAAACCUGUAAAGCCCCAGAUGCUUGAGAGCUGAAGUAAAAGUCCAGUAAGACAGAGAAAUAACAGAAUCACCUACACUCAGGAGAGAAGACAGCAACAGAUAAGAAAACAUUCUGAAUAUGGCCUCGGAGAUCAAAAUGCCAGGCCCUGUGUGCCUCAUUGAGAACGCUAAUGAGCAACUCGUGGUUAAUCCAGAAGCUUUGAAGAUACUGGCAGCCAUUUCACAGCCUGUGGUGGUGGUGGCAAUUGUGGGUCUCUACCGCACAGGCAAAUCCUACCUGAUGAACAGGCUGGCUGGGAAGAAAACAGGCUUCUCUCUAGGAUCCACAGUGCAAUCUCACACCAAAGGAAUCUGGAUGUGGUGUGUGCCUCACCCCAAGAAGUCUGAUCAUACUUUAGUUCUUCUUGACACUGAAGGCCUGGGAGACGUAGAGAAGGGUAGCAACGAGAAUGACUCCUGGAUUUUUGCCUUAGCAAUCCUCCUGAGCAGCACCUUUGUGUACAACAGCAUGGGUACCAUCACCCAGCAGGCCAUGGACCAACUGCACUAUGUCACAGAGCUAACAGAUCGAAUCAGGGCAAAAUCCUCACCCUCUGACAAUGAGAUCGAUGAUUCAGCUGACUUUGUGAGCUUCUUUCCAGACUUUGUGUGGACCCUACGAGAUUUCUCCCUAGAUUUGGAAGCAGAUGGACAGAACAUCACACCUGAUGAGUACCUGGAGCUCUCACUAAAGCUUAGGAAAGGUACCAGUCAAAAAGAUAAAAAUUUUAAUCUGCCUCGACUCUGUAUCCGGAAGUUCUUCCCAAAGAAGAAAUGCUUCAUCUUUGAUCAACCCACCAACCGAAAGAAACUAAAAAUGCUUGAGACAUUGCAUGAUGAUGAGCUGGAUCCUGAAUUUGUAACACAAGCUGCAGACUUCUGUUCCUACAUCUUUAGCAGUUCCAAAACAAAAACCCUUUCAGGAGGCAUCAAGGUCACUGGACUUCGUCUAGAGAACCUGGUGCAGACCUAUGUCAAUGCUAUCAAUAGUGGAGAAAUGCCCUGCAUGGAGGAUGCAGUCUUAGCCUUGGCCCAGAUAGAGAAUUCAGCUGCAGUGCAAAAAGCCAUUGACUACUAUAGCCAACAGAUGGGCCAGAAGUUGCAGCUGCCCACAGAAACCCUCAAGGAGCUGCUGGAUCUUCACAGGGCCAUUGAGAAAGAGGCCAUUGAAAUCUUCAUCAAGCGUUCCUUCAAAGACACAGACCACACAUUUCAAAAGGAAUUAGGGGUCCGGCUAGAAGAAAAACGGGAUGACUUUUGUAGACAGAAUCGGAAAGUAUCAUCAGAUCGUUGCUCAGCUUUGCUUCAGGAUAUUUUCAGUCCUUUAGAAGAAGAAGUGAAACAAGGCGUUUAUUCUAAACCAGGAGGCUACCGUCUGUUUUUAGAGAAGACAAAAGAGUUGAAAAAAAGAUACUAUGAGGAACCAGGGAAGGGACUGCAGGCUGAAGAAGUUCUUCAGGCUUACUUGAGUUCCAAGGAAUCUGUGACUGAUACAAUUCUCCAAACAGACCAGACACUCACAGAAAAGGAAAAGGUCAUUGAAGUGGAACGUGUGAAAGCCGAAUCUGCAGAAGCUGCAGCAAAAACACUGGAAGAGAUACAAAAAAAGACCCAGCAAAUGAUGGAAGAUAAAGAAAGGAGUUAUCAGGAACAUGUGAGACAGUUAACCGAGAAGUUGGAAAAGGACAGGGCUCAGAUGUUAGAAGAACAAAAGAGAGCAAUGGCACUUAAACUUCAGGAACAGGAGAAACUGCUAAAAGAAGGAUUCAAAGCUGAGAGUGAACGACUCGCUAAUGAGAUAAGGAAUUUGCAAAGAGAAGUGUCAAAACCAAAAAGAAUAUGUGUGAUAAGCUAAAGACCUGAAGAUUACAGAUUUUGUCAUCACUCUUAUUCAAGGCACAACUCAAGCAGUUUUAAAAUUUGGAGAAAUUUCUCUAUAUUUGAUAAUAAUUAGGUUUUGUGUUUUCAUAAACCAAUACUUUGCAAUAUUACUUUAAUUGAAAUCAUGACUAUUUUCAUAGCAAUAUUGUUCACUGUUGUGACAAAGAUACAUUAGACCUUUGUACUAAUAUAAGACAUAUCCACGUACUGGUGCUAUACAGAAAAAUUGCUUAUUUAUCUAUAUAACCACCUGUAGACUAAUAAAUACUGAGUAAAGACUUGAAACAUAGUUAAGCAAUAGUUUGAUCAACAAUAUGAUGGGCUUCAAUAUUAAAAACAAUCAAUCUAGCGUCUUGGUGAAAAUAACGCAGAUUUCCUUCAUAUUAUGAUUGCAUACUAUAAGCAAUGGUGUGAUUGCUGGGUUCUGUGAAUAAACAGCCCUCACUGAUAGAAUCCAAAUUCAUCAUAGAAUCUCUACAGAAUUUCCCUAGGAAGAUAAAGAAACAAUUACCAAAAUUUUGUCUACAUCAAAUAUGCUAAAGAAAGAAAUUUUUCCUUCUUGCUAAUUCACACAUAAUAUUAACAGAAAUUUUUUGACUAGACCAACAUGAUGACAAUUGUGUAUUUGUAGUAACAUAUAAUGCACAGAAAUAGACCUCAAAUGAUAAAUAAUAUGGAAAUUUGGUUAAUUUAAUAUUUUGUUUAUAAUCCUUAAGUUAGGUUAUCUUUUCCUAAUUGUUAAUGGUCAUCUUGAAAACCAGUUCAUAUUUCCCAUAAAAGUAUGAAUUAUAUUUGGCAAUUUUUAGCAAUUAGAUAAUUCUCUUAGUAUUACAUAGGACAUAUUGACAUCAUUCCAGUUAUCUUAAAACCCCAUAUAAGUGCUCAAUGCUUAUUAACAUUAUUAAGAAUUGUUUAAAGCUGGCAGGGAAGUAAGCUUCACCAGGAUUUCUAAUUUACUCUUUUUUAAAGUUUUUAACCAAAUGUGAGUCUUCAUAGAAUGUUAAGUAAGUUUUCCACAGAUAAUAAAUAGCAACAUUUUAUUGACCUGUGGACUAUGCAAUCUAUCCCAAAUGUUCACCUGUUCCUUGUAUGCAAGCAAUCAUAAACAAUACAUCAGUGAAUGGGUAGUUAUUCCAAUAAAUUUUAUUUUCAAAAGUAGUUGAAUCUACACGUUAUAGUUUUUAGACUCAUAUUUUAUGUAACACCAAUAAAUGUUUUACACAACUGC